GUCUCUUCUCUCAUGGCUGCCCACAUGCUCUACUCCGUGUUCCUUGCUGUCCUCGUAGUCCUCGUCGCCAGCCCGGCGACGCGGCCGGCGGAGGCAGCGUCGGCGCACCUGCACUUCUACAUGCACGACGUGACGGGCGGCCCGUCGCCGACGGCAGUGCGGGUGGUGAACGCACCGCGUGGCUACUUCGGCAACAUGUUUGUGAUCGACGACAAGCUGACCGAGGGCACGUCGUCAUCGUCGACGACGGUGGGGCGUGCGCAGGGGUACUACAUGUGCGCGUCAGUGGCGAACCUGGAGCUGCUGGUGACCAUGAACGUGGUGCUCACGUCGGGGCCUUACGCGGGCAGCUCGAUCACGGUGGUGGGGCGCGACGACAUCAACGCGCCGGUGCGGGAGCUCUCGGUGGUCGGCGGCACGGGGGAGUUCCGGAUGGCGCGCGGCUACGUGCUGUGGAAGACCGUCACCCCGGAGAUUAUCGACCUCGAAUUGUUCGUCAACCCCUGAGCCAGCCGCUCGUGCACAGCGUGUGUACGACGUAGCACGUCCGCUCAUGAGACGUGACACGGUGACAAUGAGCUUCUACACGUCACUGCUCCUGUUGUCAGUGACGAACUAUGUAUGUUAUUGCGUGUAUGUGUGUGUGGCUCUUUAAAUAAGUUCGCGGUUGAAUUGUUGUCCUUGGCAUGAAAUAAGAUGAAGAAUAAUAAUAAAUGGUGAAAUUGCUUCCCGUAA